CAAGAUUCAUGUGUUAAUAAAAACUUCCUUACAGAGCAUAUAUAAGAUGUUCUAAGAAUGGGAUUUUUUUUUGUAUGUGUGAAGUGAGUUGAGGAUUGAACCUUGAAGGGACAACACCUUUUGUAACCUUUUGUUACAUGAAGCUUCAAUAAAACUAUUCCUCUUCUCAAGGUUUUGUGCCUGCUUUCAUUUUCAUUAAAUGUUGAUUGAUAAUGUUAAAUGAAUGUUAUAUAGCACUUUUCUGUCUAAAACUUAAGGGGAAGAGCUACUAUUACAAGUAAUAUUUAAAAUGAAAACAAAAUAAUACCUUCUGCACUUGUAUUUCUGUCUAACUUUGGCUGUCUGUAUUAUUAUGGCUGUAGAUGCUUCUCAUGUAGUGGGCUAGCAAAACAAUCAGAAGAUACAGGAUGCAAAGAUGGCACAGAUUCUUGCACCGCUGGGACCACAAAGCUUCCGCCCGUUUACCCGGGAGUCACUCAAGGCCAUUGAAAAACGAAUUAAAGAGGAGAAGAGUAAAAAGCCUAAAAAAGGAGAGCAAGAGGGAAAUGCUGCUAAUGAGGAUCAGCCACAACCUAACAGUGACCUGGGGCAAGGGAAGAAAUUGCCAUUUAUAUAUGGGGACAUUCCCAAUGGAAUGGUGUCCACACCGCUGGAAGAUCUGGAUCCAUAUUAUUGCAAUCAGAAAACCUUUAUAGUAUUGAACAAAGGGAAGACAAUCUCCCGAUUUAAUGCCACUUCUGCCUUGUACGUGCUAAGUCCAUUCAACCCAAUCAGAAGAAUAUCAAUUAAGAUUUUGGUACAUUCAUUGUUCAACAUAAUAAUCAUGUGCACUAUCCUUGCGAACUGUGUGUUUAUGACUUUUACUGAAGAUUCGAGUAGGAGAGCCUUGUUCAAGAAUAUAGAGUACACGUUUACGGCAAUAUAUACAUUUGAUUCAUUAAUAAAGAUCUUAGCCAUGGGCUUCUGUAUAGGCAAGUUUACCUUCCUCAGAGACCCAUUCAACUGGCUGGACUUCACUGUGAUUGUGAUGGCGUAUGUGACAGAGUUUGCCAAGGGUUUGGGUAAUGUCUCUGCUUUGAGAUCUUUCAGAGUUGUUCGGGCUCUGAAAACAAUAUCAGUUAUCCCAGGCCUGAAGACCAUUGUAAGCGCUCUGUUCCAGUCAGUAAAGAGACUUUCAGAUGUGAUGAUUCUGACCGUCUUUUGCUUGAGUGUAUUUGCACUGAUUGGCCUGCAGCUUUUUAUGGGCAACCUGAGGAAUAAAUGCAUAAAGAUACCAAUAAAUGGCAGUAUAACUGAGAAGGGACAGCUGGUUUUUACUACAAACGUCACUGAAUUCAAUCGCACACAAUACUAUAAUGAUGCGGAUAAUUAUUAUAAAAUGGAAGGAAGGAAAGACCCUCUGCUCUGUGGAAAUAACAGUGAUGCAGGGCAAUGCCCAGAUGGUUAUUUCUGUCACAAAGCAGGCCCCAAUCCGAAUUACAACUUCACCAGCUUUGAUAACUUUGGUUGGGCUUUCCUCUCUCUCUUCAGACUGAUGACUCAAGACUACUGGGAAAAUCUAUACCAACAGACUCUUCGAGCUUCAGGGAAGAUCUAUAUGAUCUUCUUUGUGCUGGUGAUAUUCCUGGGAUCAUUCUACCUGGUGAAUCUGAUCCUGGCUGUGGUGGCCAUGGCCUAUGAUGAGCAGAACCAGGCCACCCUGGAGGAGGCUCUGCAAAAAGAAGAAAAGUUCCAGGCUAUGAUGGAGCAGCUCAGGAGGCAACAAGCUGAGGCCCAGGCGGCAGUUGCAGUAUUUGAGAGUGGCAAACUUAGUGGAGACAGUUCCUCUGAGGCCUCCAAACUCAGUUCCAAAAGUGCCAAAGAACGAUGCAACCGGAGAAAGAAGAGGAAACAGAGAGAGGAGGAAGGGGAGAAAGGGGACAAUGAAAAGGUCCACAAUUCUGACCCAGAAAACAGCAUUACAAGAACCAGCUUCCGAUAUUCUGAGGAUGGAAACAUACUGUCAUAUGAUAGGACAUAUCAAUCUCCUCAUCAGUCACUUGUGAGUAUUCAGCCCUCAGUCUUCUCUCCACGCCGCAACAGUAGGACUAGCAUCUUUACCUUUCGUGGCCGCCUGGGAUCAGAGAAUGGAUUUGCAGAUGAUGAGCACAGUCCGUUUGAGGACACAGGCAGCCGCCGUGGCUCGUUGUUUCUGCCACACUGCUCUGAGCGUCUUUACAGUACUGGCAGCAGAAACAGCUUGACCCCACGCGUUUUCCUGUCCCCAAAUGGAAAAGUGUGCAGCUCUGUGGAUUGCAAUGGCACAGUGUCAUAUGUGAACUCACUGCCAAGCUCUCCGGAUGUUCUGCAGUUGCCUGAGGUGACCAUAGAAAAAGCCACUACAGAUGACAAGGAGUACAGGAGGAGAUAUGAAGCCGAACAACUCUCACCAGGUUUUUUGAAUGAGCGGACAUCCAGACAGAGGGCUCUGAGUGUAGCUAGUAUUAUCACCAACACAAUGGAAGUGCUGGAGGAUUCCAGGCGGAAGUGCCAUCCACGCUGGUAUAAGUUUGCGAAAGCAUUUCUAAUCUGGGAUUGCUUUCCAGCAUGGGUGAAAAUAAAGAGAUUAAUUCACACGUUUGUUAUGGACCCAUUUGUGGAUCUGUUCAUCACCAUCUGCAUUGUAGUCAAUACAAUAUUCAUGGCCAUGGAGCAUCACACCUACAAGGAUCCCAGCAACAAGGAUCCCAACAAGGAUGUUUCCGAUUUGUCCGUAGUUCUUAAAGUGGGCAAUUAUGUUUUCACAGGGAUCUUUACAGCUGAGAUGAUCAUCAAGAUUAUAGCCUUGGAUCCUUAUAACUACUUCCAAGAAAGUUGGAAUAUAUUUGAUAGUGUCAUUGUAACCCUGAGUAUUAUGGAGCUUGGGUUGGAAAAUGUACCCGGAAUGUCUGUUCUUAGGUCAUUUCGUUUGCUUAGAGUCUUUAAGCUGGCCAAGUCUUGGCCCACUUUACAAAUGCUGAUCAAAAUCAUUCACAACUCCGUGGGUGCCCUCAGCAACCUGACACUCGUCCUGGCCAUCAUUGUCUUCAUCUUUGCUGUAGUAGGCAUGCAGUUGUUCGGGAAGAGUUACAAAGCCAACAAGCAUAAAAUUUCCACAGACGGUAAACUUCGCUGGCACAUGAAAGAUUUCUUCCACUCCUUUCUGAUAGUGUUCCGUGUGCUGUGUGGUGAGUGGAUCGAAACCAUGUGGGACUGCAUGAUGGUGGCUGGACAGCCCAUGUGCCUAACUGUCUUCCUCAUGGUCAUGGUGAUUGGAAACCUUGUGGUUUUGAACCUCUUCCUGGCCUUGCUGCUCAGCUCUUUUAGUGCAGAUAACCUGGCAGCCACAAAUGAUGACUGUGAAAGGAACAACUUGCAGAUUGCUAUUGCUCGUAUCCGCAAGGGUGUCGCGUACAGUAAAGCCCGUCUGCACAGCUUCUUUCACAGCAACUGUUUUAGAAGGACAGAGAAUAAAGUAAAGGAGGAACAUGGCCUGAAAGAUGGCAAGAAGCAGGCUGAAAUGUCUACUCAUACCACAGUGGAGCUGAUUAAAGACCCAGGGUGUGAGAAGGAGGCACCAGGUGCAGACACUGGCUCUGAGAAUUUCAUCUUCAAUUCUAGCUUGUCUAUCUCUGUACCCAUAGCCACUGCAGACUCUGACCCUGAGUGCCACAACAUGGACGAUUUAAGCAGUUGCUCUUCUGACAUGGAGGAAGAUAAUGAGAAGCUGUCAGAUGGUAUGAGCUCUUCAGAGGGCAGCACAGUGGACCUCCAGCCCCUGAAGGAGAGAAGAGAAUCACUUGACUUUGAGCUUGAAUUACCUGUGGAUGAUCCAGAGGCUUGUUUUACACAAGCCUGUGUGAACAGGUUUCCUUGUUGCAAUGUGAAUGUGGAAAAAGGCAAAUGGAAGACGUGGUGGAACAUCAGACACACCAGUUACAGGAUAGUGGAGCAUAACUGGUUUGAGUCAUUCAUCAUCUUUAUGAUCCUGCUGAGCAGUGCAGCACUGGCCUUUGAAGACAUAUACAUUGAGAAAAAGAAGACUGUAAAGACUGUUUUGGAAUAUGCAGAUAAAGUGUUUACCUACAUCUUCAUAUUGGAGAUGCUUUUGAAAUGGCUGGCGUAUGGAUUUGCUAAAUACUUCACCAAUGCGUGGUGCUGGCUUGACUUCUUGAUAGUUGGCGUCUCCCUGAUCAGCCUAGUGGCCAACGCCUUCGAUAUUUCAAAGCUCACUCCCAUUAAAUUUCUCCGUACACUGCGAUCCCUGAGACCCCUUCGAGCUCUAUCACGCUUUGAAGGCAUGAGGGUGGUGGUCAACGCUCUUUUUGGUGCCAUUCCCUCCAUCGUGAAUGUGCUGCUUGUCUGUCUCAUCUUCUGGCUCAUCUUUAGCAUCAUGGGUGUCAACUUGUUUGCUGGAAAAUUUUAUGAAUGUGUGAAUGCAACCUCUGGCUCUCGCCUGAAUUUGAGCCUGGCCUCGAACUUGACCGAAUGUUUGUGGUUUGGCGAAAGUGCCCGGUGGAAAAAUGUAAAGAUCAACUUUGAUAAUGUUGGAGCAGGAUAUCUGGCUUUGCUGCAAGUGGCAACUUUCAAAGGCUGGAUGGACAUUAUGUAUGCUGCAGUAGACCACCGUGGUGUAAAUCUACAGCCUCAGUUUGAGGCAAGUCUGUACUACUACAUCUACUUUGUAAUUUUCAUCAUAUUUGGGUCCUUCUUCACAUUGAACCUUUUCAUUGGCGUCAUUAUUGACAACUUCAAUCAGCAGAAAAAAAAGUUUGGAGGCCAAGACAUUUUUAUGACAGAGGAACAGAAGAAAUAUUACAAUGCUAUGAAGAAACUUGGCUCAAAGAAGCCUCAAAAACCAAUUCCCCGGCCAUCGAACAAGCUCCAGGCUCUUCUCUUUGACAUUGUAACAAAUCAAGCUUUCGACAUCUUCAUUAUGGUACUUAUUUGCCUUAACAUGCUCACUAUGGUGGUGGAAUCAGAAGAUCAGAGCCAAGAAGCACGCACUCAUCUGAAAAGGAUUAACGUGGUGUUUGUGGCAUUGUUUACAAUGGAAUGUGUACUAAAGAUGAUCACACUUCGACAGUAUUUCUUCACUAAUGGCUGGAACAUUUUUGACUUCGUAGUGGUUAUUCUCUCAAUAGUUGGCACAUUUGUCUCUGAAGUCAUUAAGUACCUGUUUUCUCCAACCUUGAUUCGUGUUGUUCGACUUGCUCGGAUUGGCCGAAUUCUGCGGCUCAUCAAAAGUGCCAAGGGAAUACGCACCCUUUUGUUUGCCUUAAUGAUGUCUCUCCCAGCCCUAUUCAACAUCGGUCUUCUUCUCUUCUUAGUUAUGUUUAUCUACGCAAUUGUUGCCAUGUCACAAUUUGCCUAUGUCAAGAAGGAGGCUGGAAUUGAUGACAUGUUUAACUUCGAGACUUUCGGCAGCAGCAUGCUAUGUUUGUUUCAGAUCACUACAUCUGCAGGGUGGGAUGGACUCCUGUCACCCAUUCUUAACAGGGAACCUGACUGUGACCCACAGAAAGAUCACCCUGGCAGCAACGGUAAAGGUGACUGUGGCAACCCAGCUAUUGGUAUCAUCUUCUUUGUUAGCUACAUUAUAAUAUGCUUCUUGAUUGUGGUGAACAUGUACAUAGCUGUGAUUCUCGAGAACUUCAGUGUGGCCACAGAAGAGAGUGCAGAGCCAUUAAGUGAAGAUGACUUCGACAUGUUCUAUGAGGUGUGGGAAAAAUUUGAUCCUGAUGCUACACAGUUCAUAGAAUACAAAAAGUUGUCUGACUUUGCUGAUUCCAUUGACCCACCGCUGCGUAUACCUAAGCCUAAUAAAAUCCAGCUAAUUAAUAUGGACCUGCCUAUAGUUAGUGGGGAGCGAAUCCACUGCCUGGACAUCUUGUUUGCAUUUACAAAGCGUGUCCUAGGAGAAAGUGGUGACAUGGAUGGCCUUCGCGGGCAGAUGGAGAACCGUUUCAUGGCCUCUAACCCUUCCAAAGAAUCUUAUGAGCCCAUCACUACAACUCUACGCCACAAGCAGGAGGAUGUGUCAGCUGUCAUCAUUCAGCGGGCCUACAGGAUGUAUGCCAGGAAACAGAAUGUAAAAAUAGCCCCCAGCACAUACAAAGAAGUUGUACAGGAGAAUGGAAUGGUUUCAAACAAGGUCCCAGUGACAGACAGGUUUAACAAUCACUCUGCUUCAGAUAAAUCUGACACAACAUCCUCAACCAUUAUCCCACCAUCAUAUGCCAGUGUAACACAAUCUGGUAAGAACAAAUAUGAGAAAGACAAGAGGGAAAGGGAAAUAAAAGUAAAAGAUAACAAGGAGUGGUAAAGAUAAAAUGAUUUUAAAAAACACCUCAUAUGAUUAUGUUUAUAUUAUAAUCAUAUAUAUGGAUCAACUAUACUCUUUUCCAAAGUGUGGGUAUAUAUGCCAUAGUGGGAAAACUGAGUUUUGCAUUUUGCUAUCAUCUUAUUGAACUUAUUAUUGUCUUUAAAAAUGUCUUUAAUGAUGUUGUUUUGUGGAAACAUUUUGUCUUUCUGUCUUACUUUGGCAUCCUCCCUUUUUCACUGAAAGAAAGCCAUUAAAUAUGUUCUAGCAUCUACUCAUGCAUUCUGGGACCAUCCGUAGU